CCUCCUGGCAAAUAUUACGUUGCGCUUGGUCGAGCGGUUUGAUGAGAGCGUUUUGUGAUUAUUCUCGCAGUGCAGCGUGGGAUAGCGGAGGCGACGGUGUAACCGACCGAGAGAAAUGGAUGUGUUUCUGAUGAUCCGGCGUCAUAAGACGACCAUCUUCACUGAUGCCAAAGAGUCCACUACUGUCUAUGAGCUGAAGCGCAUAGUGGAGGGUAUUCUAAAGAGAGCACCAGAGGAACAGAGGCUGUAUAAGGAUGAUAUGUUGCUGGAGGAUAGUAAGACACUUGGAGACUGUGGCUUUACAAACCAGACAGCCAGACCUCAGGCCCCGGCCACUGUUGGAUUAGCUUUCCGUCUUGGUGAUGAUGCAUUUGAGCAGCUGAGAGUUGAGCCCUUCUCCAGCCCCCCAGAGCUCCCUGACGUCAUGAAGCCUCAGGACUCAGGCAGCACAGCCAAUGAGCAGGCUGUACAGUGAAGGAAGGAAGGAAGGAAGGAAGGAAGCAGGGAGGGAGGGAGGACAUGGGCAAGGGGAGGGGUGAAAUCUGGGAAGUGGUGCUUUUGGUUAGAUGGACAGGCUUUACAGACUGCAGUAGGGUAACAUAUGAGUACCUGUCAUAUCUUUCACUCUACAGGAAGAACAUGAACUCCUUCUUUCAGAUGGCGGGGGGGGGUGUAUUUUCAAACUCACAUGUUGUCACAUUUUUCCUGAACUAGACUCACGCAUGUUUAGAUUCACUCAUAAGAUCCUUCAACAUUUCUGAUUUGUCGUGCAACUGUUACUCAGUAAAGGGGUUGGUUUAAACAAGACCACGUGUUAAUCAAACUUCUAAUUUAAUUCAUACAAGCCUUGUUUUGGAUGUUUUGGAGAGGGUAUAGCCUUAUGUGAUUUGUAUUUUUGGGCUUGGUUGGGAUUUGAUGGGAGUGGCUUUUAUUCUUUUUGAAUGCCCUCUUGCUGGUUUCAUUUGUGUUUCUUUAUUCAAUAUUAAUAUUAUAAUUUAGCAUUUUUAAUUACUCCUUGGGUUGGUUGAGCAACAGCAAGGGUUUGUGAGUUUGUAUGGUAGUAGCAUAUCUAGAGAACAUGUGCAUGAAAUGGAUCUGAAAUAAAUGUUGAUGCCAGGACUUAAUGUAUAACGGAAUACGAGUACUCGCACACAGAGACAAACACACAGGAUAAUGUGAAGAUGUACAAUCGUUCAAAAUGUCAUCAAAAGGUAUUCUGUUGCCCACUUUUUUUAAUUUAUUUUUUAUUUGUUUUGCUUGUUUAACUUUUUACCUUGCACUUGACUUCCUGUGUGUGUUUUCCUGAUUCUGUCUGUAAAAAUGUUGUUUACUAAUUGUUCAUUUGACCAACACUCACCCGAACCCACUUUUUCUACAAAACCAAAGGGGAAAAGGAAAUUGGAACUAUUGUUUCGUUUAGAGAUCUUCAACUUGGAUGAUAAACAAACAAAGGUUCAAACAACUGGUGUUUUAAUUGAAAUGGGUGUAAAACGGGCUGUCGAAGAACCCCAGAAUUGGGGUGUCUGGGUUAACAUCAUGCCCCUUUCGAUAUAAUGGAAAUUGUUUCCCAACAAAUUCAUAAAAACAGUACUUUAUGAUACAACCAACAGCUGUAAUUGUCUUGAGUUGACAUUUAAAACUUUUGUUUUUCA